AGUGAUGAAUGAUGAAGAAAAGAUAAAGAAGAAGGUGGCAAAUUUGAGCAAAUUACUUAAACAGACCGAACACCCAAGCAAGUUUUACCUGAAGAUUUUCAACAAGCUUGAUGGGUAUCAAAUGACUGUGGGUAUUCUUAAGGAGACGGGAAUUGGAAAAUUGAUAAACGGUUUUAAAAGUCACGAGAGUGCAGAAAUCGUUGAAAUCUCAAAGCAGUUGGUCAGAAAAUGGAAAAAGCAAGUUAUCGACUCUACCAGUGACUCAACAAGUGAUGUUAAGGAACCAGCACCCAAAAAAAUCGUGGAGAAAGGACCCCUGCAAGUGUAUUUUUACAGGCCUAACGUCAAAAAAUCAAAAGCAUCUUCACUUCACCAUGACUCAGCAUUUACGAAAACAAACAAUACUUGGGGUAUUUACUCGGGAGCAAGACAAUCUUCAAAAUUGACCAGUUGAGAGAUUUAGCGAUGCGAGUCCUGGUGCAAAAUGUGGACUCCAUAUAUCACACUGGGACACUUACCUGUGAUUACCUCAGACCUGCGUUGUUGAAGUGCAGUGCUGAACAACUCAACCUAAUAGAACACAGAAAUCCUCCUAUCCGUGGCACAUUAGAGUCAGUGUGGAAAAAGUUGGUGGAAUCAGAGUUCCGGUCAAAUGCUCUGAUGGGUGACAGCUGGAAAACUAUGUACUGGGAUAAGGUGAUAGAAAGAAAGGAGAAGCUGAAGAGAUUGACAAACAGUAUUGCGACCGCCAAGAUGGAAAAAGAAAAGGGUGACUCGAGAGUGCGUCAUCUGGUCGGCCCUCUGCAGCCCCUUUCCAAAGCCCGAGGUAUCAAGCGGUCCCUUAACUCCUCCUCCUCCUCUUCAAACAGUUCCAGCACAGCUCCCAUGAUGAAACGGUGCUUGGAUAUUCAGAAAGUGAACAAGUACAGAAGAUGAUUGAUAAAUCUGUGUGACGGACUGAUAAUCUUAGUAAGUUUCUGCAGUUCUUUUGGAAACCCAUCAAAAAGACAAUAAAAUAAAGAUAAAUAUUUGAAUGAUUGUACUGGUGUAAUAUAUAUAAAAUUGUACCGGCGUAAUAUAUAUAUAACCCGGUGGAAGUUAUCCCGUUUGAUAGGGUAAACGAUUAUUUGAAAUUUCAAUUAAUC